UGUGUUGAAAAAAUUUGCAACGAUCAAAGAACGACCUUGCAUUUCUUUAGCAGAGUCAAGUAUUCACAUGGUCAGUGAUCAUGAAGUGUAGAACAUAGCAGCCAUUAGAGUCCGGUGUCCUAUCCUCUGUUGUCGUUGGAGGAAGUAUGGACUCUCCUGUUGCGAUUAAACGUCCUUCGCCUGACGACGGCGAGGAUGCCCCGAGCAAGAAAGAUGCUAAAUUGUCUAAGUACGCAAUGCGCAGACAGCGGAUUUUAGAAGAAGAAGAAGCAGAACGCAUAAAAGUCAGUGAUGAAGGUGAGAGUAGUGAUGACGAUGCCUCUUAUGUGCCGUUAAGAAUACGCAGGGAGGAAGAAGUAGCAAGGAGAAAUCAAAUUCUUGCGAGCCAUUUGCCUGCUCCUGUUGUUGAGGACAAGCCAGUGGAGGACGAAGAGGAUCAAGAUGAUAUUGCAAUUCGUAGUGGUGUGAGUCUGCUAGAUCAGCACUCUGAGCUAAAGCGUAAAGCUCAGAGGCACCGUGAAACUGCUAAGGAGAAGCAGUUGAAGGAGGAAACCGAAAUUCUUCAAAGUAUUGGUGAGAAAACUGCCCUCAUGGCAGCUAAGGAGUUGGCGAAAGGAAUCACGUAUGAGGAGAGUCUAGUAACGAGCUGGCAGCCUCCACGGUACAUUCUGGACAUGCCUGAUGCAAGACAUGAGCGAGUGCGCAAGAAGCUACACAUAUUGGUUGAGGGUGAUGAUGUGCCACCCCCAUGCAAAACCUUCCGCUCGAUGAAACUACCGCCAGCCAUUAUUUCUGGUUUGAAAAAGAAGAGCAUCACGCAUCCGACACCGAUCCAGAUCCAAGGCAUACCUGCUAUUCUUAAUGGCCGUGAUAUGAUUGGCAUUGCGUUCACAGGCUCUGGAAAGACAUUGGUUUUCACCCUACCCCUAGUCAUGUUCUGUUUGGAACAGGAGCGUCGUCUACCGUUUGUGACUGGAGAGGGCCCUUACGGCUUGAUUAUUUGCCCGUCCCGUGAGCUUGCGACGCAGACGUUUGAGGGCCUAGAGCACUUCUCCGCUGCUCUAACCAGUUCGGGUUUGCCAACACUGCGCUCUGUGCUAGCUAUUGGCGGCAUUGGUAUGCGAGAGCAGUCUGAUGGAAUUCGCCGUGGCUGUCACAUGAUGGUAGCAACUCCCGGCCGUCUGAUGGAUCUACUCAACAAGAAGAUCCUCAACUUGGAAGUCUGCCGCUACCUUUGUCUUGACGAAGCUGAUCGUAUGAUCGAUCUCGGGUUUGAAGAGAACAUCCGAGAGAUCUUCUCCUACUUCAAAGGGCAGCGUCAGACACUGCUGUUCUCCGCUACCAUGCCUAAGAAGAUCCAGAACUUUGCUCGCAGCGCUCUGGUUCGGCCAGUGACUGUCAAUGUUGGUCGAGCGGGUGCUGCCAAUCUGGACGUCAUCCAGGAGGUGGAGUAUGUGAAGCACGAGGCCAAGGUCGUGUAUCUACUGGAGUGCUUGCAGAAGACAGCCCCACCUGUACUGAUCUUUGCCGAGAAGAAAUCAGACGUGGAUGACAUUCAUGAGUACCUGUUGCUGAAGGGUGUCAAUGCUGUGGCCAUUCACGGUGGAAAGAGCCAGGAGGAGCGUAGCUGGUCUGUAAAAGAGUACCGUGCCGGCAACAAGGAUGUUCUCGUUGCCACCGAUGUGGCCUCGAAAGGUCUUGACUUUCCGAAUGUGCAGCAUGUUAUCAACUUUGACAUGCCCGCCGACAUUGAGAAUUAUGUACAUCGUAUCGGUCGUACUGGUCGCUGCGGAAAGACAGGAGUUGCGACCACAUUCAUCAACAAGUCGUGCGACGAGUCUGUUCUGCUCGAUCUGAAGCAUCUUCUUGUUGAAGCUAGGCAAAAGCUACCUCCCGUCCUUGCGGCACUGAACUCACAAGACACCGACUACCUGGACCUUGAAGCCGAGAACAAAGGCUGUGGUUACUGCGGUGGCUUGGGUCAUCGCAUCACCGAAUGUCCGAAGCUGGAAGCAAUACAGAACAAGGCGGCAGCAAGUAUUGGCAAGGGCGAUUACCUGUCUAAUACAUCUGCCGAUUGGUAAUAGUGUGCUUGCUUGUCGCUUGCUGCACUUCUUCCUAGACUUGUAUAUACUACCACUGUACAAAGAGAAGGCCCUGGCUUUAUCACAUUUGUGUACAUGAUUGAACCGCGUUGAUGUUCGGCACUGUGUUAUUCCACUGCACAUGAUUGACUGGUUGUACAUAGCUUUACUUUCGCUUUCCAUUCUGCCUGCGCUGUUUUGAGUGUGUGUGUGUGCGUGUGUGUGUGUGUGUGUGUGUGUGUGUGUGUGUGCAUGCUGCACGUGCGUGCCUGCGCUGAUGUUUUAUCCUGUGCUAUUGCUUCUGUUCUGCUUUGUUUUGUAUUUUCGUGCUCUCUUCUGGUAAGAGUGAUGCUGUCUUUUGCAUUCUAGUCAUCUGAAAUUGAUUUUGUGUUUAUAUUUUUGCUUCUGAUAAUGCAGGAGGCUCCGCUGGGAGAAAGUCCACAGCCUACCUCCUUGUCAUCAUACAA